GCUGUCAGAGGGACGCGGAACGUUUAUUUUCUUCUUCUCUUCGUCAUCAUCAUGUCUGUGAAACUGUCUGAUCAGGUGGUGGACAGGAGUCGGCGCUGCAUCGACCUUCGCGACCAGCGCGGCGGCUUGACGGCGCCCGUUAUCGAGUCCCUUCGCAACUUUCUGCGCCACAAUGACCUGUACAUUCACCUGUGCGUGUCGGACAACCUCCUCAGCAACGAGGCGCUGUCGGAGCUGUGCGGCCUCCUCAAGCGCCAUCCCUACCUCACCUCUCUCGAGGCCCAACACUGCGGACUGCAGGACAAAGACUUUUGCUUUUACUUUGGUCUCGCGCUCAUCUCGAUGCCGCGCUUAACAUUCGUCGACCUCAGCCGGAACAGCGGGCUGACCGACGCGAGUGCCGAGACGGUGGCGCGCAUCCUGCGCGAGACGGAGGUGGAGUCGAUCCGUCUGGUUGGCACGUCCUUCUCGGCCACGGGCGGGCGUGUCAUCGCUGCCGCGGCGGCCAACACGACUUCCCUCAUGAACUGCGAGCUCCCCUACACGGUGGGCAACGUGGUCCUAGAGGCGGUGGCGGCGUGCACGCGACGCAACCGUGAGCACCGCGAUCGCGUAAACGAAGCGUCUACGCAGUACGCCCGAUGGCAGGGGCGUCACUGCCGUCUGCCGUCUCUGCCGGGUCUGAAGCGGGUGGAGACGGGCCACACCGGCGCAGCCGUGCCGGCGGGGCCGCUUGAGAGAUCAACCACCUUGUCGGUUGCGUCCGCACCUGCAGCAAAAAGCGGUGCUGGAAUCCGUGGCGUCCCACAUCCGUGGCAACGCACGCAAGGGCUGACAAGUGAGGACCGGCAGUGGCAGGCGUGUGUCACGAAGGGCCGGCGGCGGUCGCUGCUCCACUCCGACUCCAUCAUUGCCGCCUCCGCUGCCGUCACCACAUCUGCCCCGCCAUCCAUAACCGGCAGCUCUGCCCGAGACUAUCCGCGAUCCACCCCCCUUUCUAACGCGUCCACAACGGUGCUUUCCGCUCCUGUCAUCACGUCCGCUUCGAGAGGGGUGACACCGUCUCCGCUGCUGCCGCCACCGCCGCCGCAUUCCUUCACGCAACGGGUCAAACCCACGCCGGACUCCCUCGACACGGUAACUAUGUGGGACUGGGCGGACCCGGCCAUGUCCAACGCGCUUCGCUGCCUCUUUGUGCUCGAUCAUCAGGCACAGGUGUUGGAUCACUACCGUGCCGCUUCAGAGGCGCCCGUUGUCGCUGGUCCGGAGGCGGCGCGGCGAGCAAAGACACGCAGUAAAGGUCGUGAAAGGUCCUCCGUGCAUCGCGGACGAAGCAGCGGACGCACUGGCGACGCAGCAGGUCUUCCUCCACUGUGGACUCCUUGA